UGUUGAUGUGCACUAUGGAGCAACGAUCCAUUGAUCUAAGAUUCACACUCUUACAGUGAUAAUAUUGAACUGGGCUCCUGGCCCAGGUCCUGUGAGAUCUGCCGCACCAGAACAAACAUGUCAGUAGACAUCAGUAAGCACACAUCACCUCAAAAAGCUGCCAGGAGUGCAUACUGACAUCCGUGAGGAAAACAGCGUGAUCCUUGGAAAAUAUUAUAGAUUAUUCAUUCAUUCAUUCAUCUUCCUAACCGCUUGAUCCUCACUAGGGUCGCGGGGGGUGCUGGAGCCUAUCCCAGCUGUCUCCGGGCAGUAAAUGGACAUUUAUGUUGGACCUUUUUGAAAGUAUCCCUGUGACCCUGAAAGGCAGAGGCAGUUACAGAAAAUGGAUGGGUACAAGUUGGAAAGUACAAUGCUUUGUGUAUGAUACAAAGAGGCUUACUCAAUACUGUAUUACAAAAACAGCGCUUGUACGCUCUGUCAAAUUUUGGUCAAUUCAAUAUUUUUUCACAAAUCAACAGUACUGGUCAGUGCCCGCACGUGUAUAUGUUAUUUCGAAUUGUUGACCACUAUAAAGGGUUGGAAAUGGCUUCAGCUUAUAUCAGGGGUCAUCAACGUGGUGUCCGAGGGGUAUUGUGAUUUCCGAGCAAUGUUAGAAAAGUGAUCAUUUGAAAAUGUGAGCUUUGGUACAGACUUAUAGAAAUAAAGUGUCAAGAUUGAUAUUAUAUAUAUUUAGAUAUAUUUAGUUACUCAAUUUAUUAGAUUCUGAGUGCUUGGGAUCGGCACUACUCAUACCUGUCAACUCAUACGGUUUAGCCAUAGUUCAUACGGAUUUUGUGGUGAAUCUUACGUAUAUGGCCGUAUCACACUCAUCAUACGGAUUCUGAAAUUUUCCGUUUUUUGGUAGUUCUAACAGGUAGUUCCGUUUGCUUUUGCCCAGAAUGGUGCUGGUCUACUAGUCUAGAAUGCUUUCAUUUACAUUUCCAAAGUAAAUAUGAAUGGAUGCUGUAACUUCGAGCCGAUGGGUCAGCAUUUGGAGUUGGUGAAAAAAGUAACGCAGGAAUACAACUCUGAACACAGUAAUGCCACUAAAUAGAAUGAUGAUGAGAUUAACCAGACAUUGUAUGAUGGAGAUCUACAAUAAAUAUCAUUGAAAAUUUCGUGCGUUUUUUCUGCCGUUAUUUUGACAUAUAAAAUGCUUUGACAUGUUAUAAGGAUUUUUUGCUCUUUAUAAGGAUUUUUUUGGUAGUUUAUACAGGUUGGCGCUCCAGAAAGUUGACAGGUAUGACUACUUGAUCUAUGAUUUGUAAGGGAAUACAAAUAUAUUUCGACGCAGGCUAUAUAUGAUUUGUUCAUUCAUUUCAUGUUCUGUAUCACAAAGAGGUAAAAAGCCGAAUUAAAUCUGAAGACGGACAACGUCAAAACAAUAGCGCAGAGCGAGUUUUGUGUUGAUUCAAUCCUCACGCAGUGGGUGGAGUUCAGUCCCGAGAGCCAUUUCAUGUUUUCCUUCAGCCAUUCUCUACUAGGGUGAUUAUUCUGAUUUACUCUGUCCCAGUUUGUUCCCCAGAGAGACUACUCGUGGACACAUGCCACUCGCGCAAACAAAUACAACACAAAACAGACACCAGUUCCCAAGGUGGUCAGAUAUGGGAGGAGUGGUCCUCACUCUCAGCUUACUUUGAGCAGCACGGAUGGAGCGCUGCAGUGUGCUGGAUGGAGAACCUGAGGAGUGACAGCGUAGUGCGACACUGACUGAAAACUUCGGCGGCCUGCAUUGCCAUGGAGUUAGGAAAAGUUUGGUCCAGACACCAAAGGACACUGCUGAUCACCAUGAUGAUGUUCAAACUGGGUCUUCUGUGUACAGCAGCAGCAGACAAGUGUCUCUCAUCACCUUGUAACAAUGGCGCCACAUGCCUUGAACAUCUGGGUGACUACGUGUGCCUUUGCCCCAAAGGACCCGUGUGGUACAUGGGCAAAAACUGCGAUGAGCUGUAUGACGCUUGCAUCUUGGCACCUUGCACCAACUGCACCAGCAGUCCCGGAACUGACAAUUUCACAUGCCACUGUCCGGAUGGCUUCACAGGCCUCAACUGCACAGAGGAUGUAGAUGAGUGUGAAAGCAACCCUUGCAAAGGUAUCAAGUCAUACUGUGUCAACAGAAUCGAUGCCUAUUCAUGCCACUGUCCCCAUGGAUUUGGAGGCCAAUACUGUGAAUUGAAUGUCACCACUUGCUCAGAGGAAACAUGCCACAAUAGCGGAACCUGUCGAGAUAUUCCUGACGUUGGGCAUCAUUGUCAGUGUGAUGCUGGAUACCAAGGCGCCAACUGUGAAGAAAACAUCAACGAAUGCGAAUCUGCACCCUGUCAAAAUGGCGCCAUCUGUAAGGAUGGCGUCAAUGCCUACCAGUGUUUCUGUGUGCCUGGAUUUCAGGGCUUCCACUGUGACUUGGACAUAAAUGAGUGUGCCUCCCAACCAUGUCAAAAUAAUGGUACAUGUUCAGAUGAAGUGGACAAUUACAGUUGUGAUUGUACUGAAGGCUUCAAAGGUAUUAACUGUGAAGUCGAGAUUGAUGAGUGUGAAGUACAGCCUUGCCAGAACGGCGCCACCUGCCGAGACUUUGUUGCCAUGUACACGUGUGAGUGUAUGGACGGCUUCCAGGGCCAAGACUGUGAGAUCAACAUCGAUGAAUGUGCCAGCAUGCCGUGUCUGAAUGAUGGCAGGUGCAUUGAUGGUGUCAACAGAUAUAAGUGUGACUGUGAGGGGACAGGCUUUGAAGGUCACAACUGUGAGGAGGACAUUCCUGAAUGUGCUUCUGGUCCAUGCCAGCAUGGAGGCACUUGCUUGGAGGGGAUCAACCAGUACAAAUGCCUCUGUUGGCCUGGUUACAAGGGCGAGAACUGCCAGGUGGACGAAGAUGAGUGUGGGCAGUACCCUUGUGAAAAUGACGGCGAAUGCUUCCAGCGCUCUGAUGUGGAGAAUUACGGGACACUCCCUGAACUCAGCACGGCCAAUUUUUCUUAUGAAGAAGCAGCUGGAUUCAUCUGUCACUGUCAACCUGGAUUCACAGGAGACAACUGCUCUCUCAACGUGGACGAGUGUGUAUCUGCUCCAUGUCAGCAUGGAGGAAGCUGCCAGGAUUUAGUCAACUCGUAUCAAUGUUUGUGCUCCGAUGGCUUCACAGGUGUGCAUUGCGAAGUGGAUAUUGACGAGUGUGACAGCAAUCCCUGCCAGAAUGGUGCCACAUGUGAAGAUGCUGCCAACUCUUAUAUAUGUCAGUGUCCUGAACCAGAACCAUAUAAAGAGCCAUUGGGUGGGCGCAACUGUGAUGUUCUCCUGAUUGGCUGUCAGCAGCACCAAUGUCAACAUGACGGCAUCUGCAUGCCACUGCUGACAGCGUAUGGCGAGCAUAGCUACACGUGCCUCUGUGGGCCGGGCUGGACAGGAGGACUCUGCAACACCUCUACCACCUUUUCCUUCAACUCCAAGGGCUACGUCCACAUGCAGGUGCCUGUUUCGAAAAACAGAGCUAGACAAGUUACUGAUGACCACAUGUUUGGACUCCAUAUGCAGCUGAGAUUCAGGAGCACUCUACCUGACAUGUUGUUGUACCAUCGCGGUACCAUGGAACACUUCAUCUCCCUGGAGUUAGUGCGGGGUUCUCUCCAGGCCAAGUUAAAAUUUGGGCGAUUGCUGCAGGUCAUUUAUCCAGGUCCGGUGAAUGACGGAGAAUGGUACCAAGUCGCUGUGACUAUGGAUGAGCGGUUGAUUAUGGCCGUCGAGGGACCUGGCUGUGAGGAAGGAUGUCAAGUGAAAAAUCAGGUGUACAACCAUCUGAUCUUCUUCCAGUCAAAUUCAUUUCAACAGUUGUAUGUAGGAGGAGCACCAAAGGAAUAUUUGACACUCACGAUAAGUGGGAGAAGUUUCAUUGGCUGCAUGGAAGACCUUCGAGUUGACAAUAAAUUGCUGCUACCUCAGGACCUCAUGAGGGAGGAGACCGUAGGCUUGGAAUUGGGCUGUUUCAAAGAAGAUGUGUGCCACGAUGACCCUUGCAAACAAUUUGGAUUUUGCCUGGACAUGUGGGUUGUGGCCAAAUGUCAGUGUCACCGCCCAUACUUUGGAGAAACGUGUGAAAGAGAGUACCCAUCCUGGACCUUUGGUCAUGAGAACACUACAAGCUACGCUGCCUUCAACAUCACAGAAACCCACGGAGAAAAUUUUACCAUCUCCUUUAUAAUGCGCUCUCUUAAAAAAAAUGGCCUUCUUCUGCAGUUUCGCCGAGGGCAAAAGUCCUACCUGACAAUUUACCUGAAGGAAGCUACAGUCGCCAUCUACAGCCCUCACACCACACUCUUGUCGGAAGCGAAGUUUGUCACAGAUGGGAAAAAUAAUUUGGUGACGUUAAAAGUAAACUAUGGCCAUGUGUUCUUCCCCAUAGCGGGGAACCAUCGCGCCAUAGGGAAUGUGAGCAUAGAAGCAGGGGAUGUUGUGUAUGUCGGAGGACUCCCUGGAGGUGAAAAUUUCAAUAACUGGGGUGCAAAAUUUAAGGGCUGCCUACAAGACAUUCGACUGGAUGACAAGCAUUUGUCCAUCAUGGACCAUAAAGGAGAGGCGGACAUUUAUCAGGCAACUGAUGUGAAGAAUAUUCUCCCAGGAUGUCAAAGUGACAAUACAUGCAAGCAUGAGCCAUGUGUCAACGGUGGAAAGUGUCAGAUCACCUGGAAUGAUUUCAAGUGUGACUGCCCCAUUAACUUCUCUGGACGACUGUGUGAGAGACGUUUGUGGUGUGUCGAAAACCCUUGCUUUGAAGGAGGCCAGUGUGUCGACGUAUGGGAUGGUUAUGAAUGUCUGACUGAAGCCAUUUUCCAGGACAAUGCUCUUGAGUAUUUUGCCAACAACUCCCUGUUGAGUCCAGUAACAAACAUCACGAUGGACAUUAGAACACGGGACGACAACGGAAUCUUGUUGAGGGCUGAGAACCGAGCUGAGGUAUUCUGUCUGGGCCUCCUUAAUUCUACACUUCUGGUCAAAAUGGACACCGGGACGAGUGCAGAGCUGCUGGCUUUUACCAGUGACAGGACCGUUGCAGAUGGAGCGUGGCAUCGCAUCCAGUUGACCAUGAUGGACCCUGCACAGUCAGUGUCCCGAUGGCGUCUAACUGUCGAUGGGCAGAUAGCAGGUUGUAGCCUUGGAGUUGGCGGCAACCUCAAUUUCCUGAAUAAUACCCAAAUUUGGCUGGCGGAAAAAUAUUCCGGUUGUUUGGGGGAAGUGCGAGUCGGUGGAAUCUACCUUCCAAUUUUCAGUGUCCCAGAUGCCCCUCAGACAAGUCAUUUCUCCAGACUGAGUGGACGUGAGCCAAACUUGGGAUGCCAGGGUGCCCCGGUUUGUGACUCUCAGCCGUGUUUCAAUGAGGGUGUGUGCCAGGACCACUUCAAUGAGUUUAACUGCAGCUGCAACCCAGGGUGGGAGGGAGAACUUUGCGAGGCCGAAAUAAAUGAGUGCUCUUCUGGACCCUGUGUCUAUGGGACAUGUGAAGAUCUUCUGGCAGACUACCAAUGUGACUGCGAGCCUGGAUAUAUUGGGAGAAACUGUCAGCAAGAGGUGGAUAACUGUUUGGAGUUUAGCUGCUUGAAUGAGGGGACUUGUGUGGAAACAAAUGCAACUCAUACCUGUGUAUGUCCCUCUGGAUACGUGGGCAAACGCUGUCAGCGGCGAUUCCCUCCAGUGGCAUGCGAUGCCAAAACAGAGUGCCUUCAUGGAGGGGUUUGCAUAGGAGGAGACACUGGCGGCAACUGCACCUGCAAGCCAGGGUACACUGGUGCCAGGUGUGAGACAGAAAUAGACGAAUGUGAGUCCAGUCCUUGUCUUAAUGGUGCCACCUGUCUAGACAGACUCAACCACUUCAAGUGUGCAUGUGUGCCAGGCUAUAGUGGAUCCCAGUGUGAAAGCAAUAAAAAUCAGCAAAAGGAGCGGAUCCCUUGGCUGGCGGUGACCAUCCCCCUCACCACAUUAUGUUUAUUACUAGCCAUCUUAGUUAUAUUUUUCCUUGUCAUGACAGCCCGGAAGAAGCGUCAGUCAGAGGGCACCUACAGUCCCAGCUCACAGGAGGUGGCUGGAGCCAGGUUGGAGAUGGGCAGUGUCCUCAAAGUGCCUCCUGAGGAGAGGCUAAUCUGAGGCCUGCAGCCUCAUAUUCGAAGUUGUGUGGAACUUGUAAAGAGCAGACUCUGAAGGGACUUACUGCCCCCCCCCCCAAAAAAAGCACAAAAAACCCCAAACAAAAAAAACUAUGGAAAUGGCCAAUGGAUCUUCUAGACUGAUGGCUCCACCUUGGGAAAACUACUGAUAUUGAAGCUUUGGGAUAAGGUAAAUUCCAAUCAGAAGAGAGUACAUGACAAAGAUGUGUUUGCAAAGAUGUGAAAAGUUGCAAAGACAAUCUCAUUUUAGAACGCAAUUCAUUCAUCAGCUGAUUAAACCACUUUCUUCGUGGGUCAUUUUCAUAUUAUUUGAGACACUUUUUCUAAUUUUGAAAUGUGUUCAUGUUAAAGGUCUUCCAUUAUGAAACAUUCACUAUUAAAGUCCAAUUUUGAAAACUGUAUUGAUGAUUUCAAAUUUCAGGCAUUCAUAAUAAAGGCAAUCCUAACUGCCAGAUCAAAUCUUGGCGACGCACUGAAAUUCGAUUCUUUAGAAAGACAUAAACUGCUUCAUGAAAAUGCCUUCAAUGUGAUCGAUCAAAUGAUAUGGAAAUAGCCCACAUGCUGUAGAUACAAAAGUGGUGGCAUCAGCAAGAAAGAAAAUGACCUGCUGUCAAAGAAAGACUGAAUGAAUUGCUUCCAGAUAUUUUACAUUUUUCCAUCUGGUUCAAACUGGUCCUGAAUAAUCCGAUCACAAGUGGAUAGGUGUCUUAUGUUAUUUAUUAUGCGAUAUCAGUGUUACUAUACUAUAUUUUUCCACAAUAUUUUUUAAAAGCUAUAUAAUACAUUACAGUGAGUAUGCUACUUCAGAUAAGAUAUCCUUUAUUCGUCCCACAAUGGGGAAAUUUACUUCAUUUUGGAUCGUAAACCAUGACCAUUGACUUUCAAACUAAUAUACUUUGAUUUGAGAUUGUUGACUCUUUCUUGUCACGCGAGUUUAAAUUAUUAACUCGGGCCCAGUUUAUAAUUUAAAUAAAAUUAAUGACUUCCACUGUGAUUAUUUGUAGAUGAAGAGUAUUGAGAUUUUUGUACUCCAGAAGUAUCAAAUGAAGGCAAUUUAGUAUAGAAUUAAACACUAAGUUUAAAUACUGUAUGUAGGAAAUGAUAGCAAGCAUCUUCAAAAUUGUUUGAUUGCUACACUGCUCUGAACAAUAACUAAUAUAUCUGGCACCAGUAUGCAACCUACCAUAUGUUUGGCCUAAAUAUUAUUCAUAUUACCACAUUAUGAAAGAAAAAAAAACAAGUUACAAGUGAAAGAUCAGUAUUAGUGAAUAAGGAUUUAAUUACUAAGGUUAUUUAGAUUUUUCUCGUAAGCACUGAAUGUACCUAUUAUAGCUUCUAUGAGGCACAGAUUCGCGACUCUGUAAAUAUGUACUGAGAAAUUUUCGUAUGAUUUUGCUGGAUUAUGGGUCCUAUUUUCGUGGCCAGGGUAAAGCGCAGGCUAAUUGUGCACGUGGGUGGACUUUUCUUUGUCUUCGUAUUUUCUUAGACGGGUGCAGAGAGAAGCGGGCAUCUGUGCCGUAGUGGGAGGAAACAUAGCUGACUUGUUUGCCAUCCAGUGGGAGCAGCUCCCUCCAUACCCUUGAAAUUCAGUGCUGGGAGAGAUAUGCGGUCCAUGUUGCAUGUAGCUAGGCACGCACAAAGUACAUUUAAAAAGAACUACCAGAACAUUUCCACUGGCGGAUUAUGUAAAAUUGGCACUCGGAGACUGCCUACUACCCUUUGAUUGUGCAUCCGUGAGAAAUGCCCCCCUAACCAUAGUUAUGCUGCCGUCAGCGGGGUGCUUUCAAAAAUAAUUUUAAGAGGGUAACAAAGAUAAAUUCAUUCAAUUAAUUGAUUCCUACUAUGAUUCAGAGGGAUGGUCCCACGCUGAUGGCAUAUUUAUGAAUCAUAUCUACCACACAUGUCCGCAGAGCUCUGAAUCUGUCUGCCUGCACCUCAAUGAAAUCCAUAAAAAUCAUGUUUCACCACCUGCACCACAACUUAGACUUGCUUUCAGCUGGUCUAAAUUGUGAUCUACUUUCUGUCACUAAAUCGUCAGUUGCGCCAAGGUGUCAAAUAAAAACUACCCUCUGUCCGCUUCUAUGCCCACUGAGGCACAACGUGGCCUGAAGCGAAGAUGCAUCAGUUUCGAUGCUGAACGCAUGUCCACCUGUCUACAAAAAUAGGGCCCAUUGUUUUUUUCUAUUUUUAUCUUUAGUACGUGGCAUUUAAAACAAACAAAUGUAAAACAAACGAAAAACAGAAAACCAACAAUGGCAUUUUUUUUAAGGCGUAUGUUGACAAGUUUGAAAAUUCCAGUUGAGAUCGGAUGACAUCAGGAUGGAUAAUUAUACCAGGUUUGACCAGGCCAUUGUUUGAACUACGACUGAAGUGACACUGGAUUUUUGUUUAAUAUGUGUCCUUUAUGUGGGAUUUUUGUAUUUGUACGACCAUUGAGCAAAGAGCAAUAUGCUCGAAAAUCAAGGAUGUGUAGCUUUAGAGGUCAUCACACCCAAAGUGGCAUUUCCUUGUUUCAACCAAUGUAUCAUUAUGGUUACUUUUUACAUGGUAUGGCAUGAAAAUAUGAGAAGACUUGCACAGACACAUGCUUGUUUGCACCAACCAGGUGUAAUGUUAUGACCAUUGGAAAUAUAUGAUUCACAAUCGGGGCAAUACCAAAUAUUUACAAAGAUCACAUGGUCAGUUCACGAGAAUAAUUUUGAAACAAAUACCCGACAUAGGGCAGUGUCUAUAUCAAAGCUGAGCAUCAUUAACUUUGUUAAGGCAGAAUAUUUAAGACAGCUCUAUGUAAUAUGGAUACCUGUCAUUUGUCACUGGUCAUAACGUUGUGGCUCGUCGGAAUGACUUCGCCGCCUCAACAUUUCCACUUUAUUCAAUGUCACUUGGUUUGUUUGUCGUGUGUUACGCUCAAUGAGAAUUGUCGGAUGCAAAGUACAGGUUCUCCCUCCACUCUUUUUUUUAAUGUUCAAAUAUGCCACAACCAACAGAAAGAGUGUUUUGACUUUGUCAAACUAAAAACAAAACAAAACUGUGUGACUGACAUAGACAGCUGUAUAUUGUCUGAAAAAUAACUUGUGCUUGACUUAAACCUCAAAAUGAUCCCUCAGAACACAUUUAGCUGGUUUUCAUCGUCUAAUGUGUCUUAAAACAGGAAUUUGUGAAAUUCCAUGAAGGAGGGUUUUUUUGAUACACACACUUGACAUACUGAUGUGUAAAGAACUGCUGUAACAUGACUACGGGGGGCAGCCUUAUGUGGUCAUCAAUGAUGUAUGUAUAUACUGUAUGAUGUGAAAAUUUUGUGUUUGGGUUGUUUUUUUGUUUUUUUUUUGUCAUAUGCCGCAAUUCCCGUGUUUACUGAUUUUUGUAACAUUCAAAGGGGAUGGUAUUUAAUUGAAAGACUCAUCACAGAAAUUUUACGUCGUCACAUCUCACUGCCACUUUCCUUCAUGAGAAAGAACACAUUAGAGUGGAUUGAUUUUCUACAGAAAAUGUUUUCUGGCGUUAUACAGAUCGGAAGUUAAGAGUUAGUGUUAGCAUACUGUACCACAGUCCUGGCUUGGUUUACUAAUACUUAGUUGCAACUCAGUCUGGAGUAAUUUAUUUAUUGCCGACCAAAA